CCGAACAUAAAUUCCCAAAACAAUCCAGUCAAUCUCCCACGUACAUAUCUCCCCAUCAACGUCUCAAAUCCCGCCACGUCAUCACUUUUGUAAUUUUCAAUUACAUUUCCCCUGCAAAAAAAGUACUUUACAGUCAGUAUCCUGUCUCCUUCUAUCUUCUCCUUUUGAAUCCGAUCCCUAAUUUUUGUUCAGUCCCAGUAAAUAAUUAAAUAAAAUUCACUCCUUAUAUAAGCUGUAUUUAUAAUUUCACCCCACAUUUUAUUGUUAUUUCAUUUAAUUUGAUCAUAAGAUUGUUUAGUUUUCAAUUAGAGGGAGAUUCUUGGAAUUUGAAGAAAUUUAGGGUUUCGAUAAUUUCUGGCUGAUGAAAUAAGGAGAAGAGGAUGAAAGAUGCCGGUAAUGCGUAGCGGAGCACGCAAAGGCCGGGGAGCAAUAACAGCGACACCGAAGCCACCGGUAGCGGAGGGGAUUGCAACCAGAACACGGAGGAGACGCGCUGCUGCCGCCGCUGCUGCUAUUGAGACGCCGUUACCGGAGUUUAAUAAUAAUAAUAAUAACGUUGUUAGUAAAGAAAAAGAGAAGGAAGAGCUAGAUCGAGAUCAACCGGCGCCUCCGCAGAAGGAGGAGGUGGAGGUGGUUGUUGGUGAGGAGAGGGAGUUAGAACAGGAGGAGGAAUCGGAGGAGAAAGAGAUGUAUGAUAAUGAUGAUGAUAGUGGUGGAGAGCGUGGGGAGAGUCAGGCUAAUGCUUUUGUUGCUGAAGAUGAGGGGGCUACUGCUCCGUUACCGGACACGGUUCAAGUUGGAGGUUCCCCAUUGUACAAAUUAGAGAAAAGGUUAGGCAAAGGUGGCUUUGGUCAAGUGUAUGUUGGUCGACGUGUUUCUCCUACAAGUACAAAUGAAAGAACUGGCCCUGGAGCUGUAGCGGUGGCCUUAAAGUUAGAACAUAGAAGUAGUAAAGGAUGUAACUAUGGACCACCAUAUGAGUGGCAAGUAUACAGUUUUCUUGGAGGAAGCCAUGGUAUACCUCGAGUGCACUACAAGGGUCGGCAAGGUGACUUUUAUAUCAUGGUUAUGGAUAUGCUGGGGCCAAGCUUGUGGGAUUUCUGGAAUAGUAAAUCUCAGUCAAUGUCAGUUGAAAUGGUCGUCUGCAUUGCUGCUGAAGCAAUAUCAAUACUGGAGAAGAUGCACUCUAGAGGUUAUGUUCAUGGAGACAUAAAGCCGGAGAAUUUUCUUCUUGGAACUCCAGGAACUCCCGAUGAGAAAAAGUUGUUUCUUGUUGAUCUUGGAUUAGCUACCAGAUGGCGAGAGGCUUCAAGUGGUCAUCAUGUUGAAUAUGACCAGAGGCCUGAUGUUUUCAGAGGAACAGUUCGUUACGCUAGUGUGCAUGCCCAUUUAGGGAGAACAGCCAGCAGGCGAGAUGAUUUGGAGUCUCUUGCCUACACCCUGAUUUUCCUUCUCAAAGGCCGUUUACCUUGGCAGGGAUACCAGGGAGAGAAUAAGGGGUUUCUUGUCUGUAAGAAAAAGAUGGCAAUAUCCCCAGAGGCCCUCUGUAGCUUUUGUCCUCAGCCUUUUAGACGGUUCAUUGAGUAUGUGGUGAACUUAAAGUUUGAUGAAGAACCAGAUUAUGCAAAAUGUGUUUCCAUUAUCGAUGGGAUUCUCAGUCUAAGUCCAGAAAUCAGGCCAAUUAACACAGACGGUGCUGAAAAGCUUAUUGGUCAUAAGAGAGGCCGGUUGACUGUAGAGGAUGAGGAAGAGGAAGAAGAUGAGGAUGGACAACCAAAGAAGAAGGUUCGUAUGGGCAUGCCAGCAACACAAUGGAUCAGUGUGUACCGUGCUCGUAGACCCAUGAAGCAAAGGUAUCACUAUAAUGUGGCCGAUGUGAGGCUUGCCCAGCACGUUGAAAAAGGAAUCGAGGAUGGCUUAUUUAUCAGCAGCAUUGCUUCCUCUCAAAAUCUAUGGGCAGUGAUUAUGGAUGCUGGUACUGGUUACACUGCCCAAGUGUAUGAAAUAUCACCAAUCUUUCUACACAAGGAAUGGAUAAUGGAGCACUGGGAGAAGAAUUACUAUAUCAGUUCAAUAGCUGGAGCUACUAACGGAAGCUCAUUAGUUGUAAUGUCUAAAGGCACACAGUAUUUGCAGCAGUCAUAUAAAGUUAGUGAGUCAUUUCCUUAUAAAUGGAUUAACAAGAAAUGGAAAGAAGGCUUCCAUAUUACUUCAAUGGGCACCGCAGGGAGUAGAUGGGGAGUUGUCAUGUCCCGUGGUGCUGGGUUCUCACGGCAGGUUGUGGAACUGGAUUUCCUGUAUCCAAGCGAAGGCAUUCAUCGUCGGUGGAAUAAAGGAUAUCGUAUCACAGCAACUGCAGCAACUCCGGACCAGGCUGCACUUGUUCUUAGCGUGCCAAGAAAGAAACCUCUAGAUGAAACACAGGAGACACUUCGAACGUCUGCUUUUCCUAGUUCCCAUGUCAAGGAGAAAUGGUCAAGGAAUCUAUAUCUUGCAGCGGUUUGUUAUGGCCGAACAGUCUCAUGACUGACGAAUGUGUCUCUGCAUAAUCAUCUGGCUGCUAAGACAAUCGCCUGGGUUUCCUGAAGUGUUACUGUGUAGGUUAGAGAAAUUUUUGACGAGUCUAUAGGCUUUUUUUUUUUUCUAAUGUAAUCACAGUAUAGAAGGUUUCAGUUGUGCCCGUCAUUUGUACGAAAUGGUCUCCUUCCAAUAUAUGAUCGGUCGAAGCCUAAAGGGAGGAUGUUAAACAUUUGUAUAGCCUUUGAAUAAUUACACUUUAAUGUAGGAUUUAAUGUAGAAGCCAUGAUCAUCCUCUCAGCGUUGAUUGCUGAUUUUUCUAUAUUAUGGCUGUGCCUCUCAUUUUAGGAA